CUAGAGGCGACAAGCGAGCGCUCAUUGGUUGGUCACACCACGAGCUCCAGCUUUCAUUGCGGUGCUAUCACUCUCCCUUUUCUGGGUUACUGUAAUUUUGGGUCAAGCGGACUAUCUUCGUUUAUCUCAUUUUUGCUCUUCUGCUUGUAUUUGCUCACAGCAUCACAGCACCGCUGCCACAAUGACGGAGGCGGAGGCGUUGGAGAACAAGCAGCAGCAGAGCACGUCCAGCAACUGGGAUGCUCCUCCAGAGAGCGCCGUAGAAGACGCGUUUGAUACCACUUACAAAGAGAAAGAAGGCCCCAAACCUCCCCGGAUCAUCGUAUGGAGAAAUGUCAUAUCGAUGAGUCUGUUGCACACAGGAGCCCUGUACGGCUUGUUCCUCAUCCCUUCAGCAUCUCGUUUGACCUUGCUUUGGACUGCACUUUGUUUUUUGAUAAGUGCUUUAGGAGUCACUGCAGGAGCGCAUCGCCUGUGGAGUCACAGGUCCUACAAGGCUACAUUACCUUUAAGGAUUUUCCUCGGUGUUGCUAACUCCAUGGCCUUUCAGAAUGAUAUCUUUGAAUGGGCUCGAGACCACAGGGUUCACCACAAAUAUUCGGAAACAGACGCUGAUCCUCACAACGCUGUCCGUGGCUUCUUCUUUGCUCACAUUGGCUGGCUGCUGGUGCGCAAACACCCUGACGUGAUUGAGAAAGGACGCAAGCUGGAGCUCACUGACCUCCUGGCAGACAAAGUUGUCAUGUUUCAGAGGAAGUAUUACAAGCUGUCUGUGCUGCUCAUGUGCUUUUUCGUCCCAUCAUUCGUGCCUUGGUACCUGUGGGGCGAGUCUCUGUGGGUGGCCUACUUCGUCCCAACUCUGCUCAGGUACACCUUGGUGCUGAAUGCUACCUGGUUGGUCAACAGCGCCGCCCAUAUGUGGGGAAACAGGCCCUAUGACAUGAACAUCAACCCCAGAGAGAACAAGUUUGUCACUUUCAGUGCUAUAGGUGAGGGAUUUCACAACUAUCACCACUCAUUCCCGUAUGACUAUGCAACCAGCGAGUUUGGCUGCAAGUUGAACCUUACUACUUGUUUCAUCGACUUCAUGUGUUUCUUGGGCCUGGCCAAGGACCGCAAGAGAGUGUCCCGCGAGAUGGUCCAGGCGCGGAUACAGCGCACCGGAGACGGAAGCCAUCGCAGUGGCUAAGGUUGCUAAAACUGUGGUCAGCUUCAAGGCAAAACAACCAAUAAGAAGAAGCUUAACAGUCCUUUGACAGCUAUACAUUUCUCAUUCUCUGAGGAUAAAAAUCAGCUUCAUAAGGGCCUUGACCACAUUUUUGCUUGUUUUUGUGGUUUUUGUAGCUGUAACUAAUCAAAUUGUUCAAGAUGGAAAAAAAAAAAAAAAGAUAUUUCAGAUUUGAAGUAGAUACAUUUUAAAAGCCACCUCCAUUCUCCGCUGUUUUGCCACUUUGGUGUGCAUUCUUCAUGCAAGAUCAGUUAUGUAGCCGAUCAUUUUUAUCUAAGUAUGAAUUAAUUAAUCAUUCAAAACUGACAAGAAGUGGAGCACUUAACUGUGGAGUAACAUUUUAACUAUUAAGGUACAUUACUGAUUGGAGAGUGUUGCCUUUAUUGUAGUUUACAGCAAGUUUUUUAACUGUUCUCAUAUAUAAAUUCCAAUUCUGAGCAGUUUAGAUUUGGAACGAAAGGGUUGAGAGGUCAUGUUUGUUUUGCUUUUUGCAAAAGAAAAAAAAAAUGCCUGCUUUAAUGAAAUACACCAAAUGAGAGGGGGCUGAGGGAACCCAGACCUUCUUAUUAGCCUAACCAUUCUGACAACCAGUAAGCCAAAACUGUAUAGAGCCUGCAGAGUGCAACAGUGUGGUUGCCUUUAGCAGAAAUUCCACACUGGAUAUUGAGAAAAGUUCAAGCACUUAGACAAAGAUUAACUGUGCAAUAAUUGGACAGAGUUUUCCCGCGAUAAUGUAGAGAACUCGUUUAACAUUAGAAUGAAACUGCUGCUUAAUGUAAGCAGUUAACGAGAAAUGUAAUUUUACCUUAGAAAGCUUAAAAGCUUAACUGAUUUUGUGGGUGCUGGAUGAAUACAUCAUUAGUGCCAAGAGUGUGUCAAAUGACAACAUCUUUACAACCAUCUCCGUGGUCCACUAUAGCACACUAAGUCGCCUCUUUGCGUAACAUGAUUGUGGGUUUUUUUUUUUUUUUCUUUCUUUUAACAUUGUGGCAUGAGCUGCGUUUGCUUAACAGAUUUUAUCCAACCCAUGUGACUAUUUUGUCCUUAAACAUCUGCAGCAUAGAGCUCCUUGGUAGGUGUAGCAGCCAGUCAUGUGACAGUUCUGGUAUUACAAAACAACAUGUCACCCAUGCAUGGCGAUAUACUGUAGUAGGUGUUGUAGUGAGGUGUUGUGUCGGUGACUGCGAAGGCAGAACUGCGUCUGUUCUUGUAACGUGCUGUGGAGCUGCAUCGCUUCAGACCAUCGGAACUGUUGGCGCCGCGUUGAUUACUGAAACAGGGUCUGGUUUCCCUUUGAUGUGCUACAAAGGUCAUUGUUAUUUCAGAAUUUUAGGUGCAUCAGUGUUCAUGUUAAGCUUUGAUUCUGAUGUGUGGAAUGCUUAGAUUAUUUAUGUGUUUAAUUCUUUUCUUAUUGACUUAAAAAUAACAACAAAAAAAACCCAUUGUUCUAACCUGAUAAAGGUAUUUCUGCAUUCCAAUAUUUGGCAGAUUGCCUCGUAAAAUAUAUGUUUAAAAAAAAUCUCAAACUGGAGCAAUUGUUCAUUUUUUAAAGAGUCAGGAUCCAACCUAAUGCCUUAUGACUUGCAUCCAUUCCUUCGCUUCCUGUCAGUUGAGUCAAAAAGGUUCAAGUACUGCAAAACAGAUUUGACUUCUGAGUUCCAUGUUUGCACUGGCUGGAACGUUGUUUUUCUCCUAAAACCAUGUUUAAUUUCAGGCAAACGUAGCUUUACAACAGUAUGGUACUGUACAUGCAAACAGAGGGUAAGGUUAAAGCAUAAAAGAGCCCGAUACAAAAUUAACAGCUGGCGAGAAUGAUAAAUUGUGAGAUUUAAAUCUGCAGUGCGACACUUUUGUCUCCCACUUAUGGCAGUGAGACCAAUUACUCAGAGUCCUAGCCGCUGAUCACUUCUUUCUUUUUUCAAGUUGUGAUCCUUCCCAUGAAUGCAUCUUUGUAUCGAUGCCGUGGCAAACCUGUCGUUGCUGGUUGACAAAAGCGGGAAGACUCCCAGUGUAAAACAGAGCAGCCAUUAAAGCACGAUUAAAUCAGAAACUGCAUGAAAGGGGAGCUGGGUGGAAGUGGGUUGCCAAGUGGCUUGUUGAGGAAACAGCAACAGAAAAGUGACUUAGACAUCCAUAUAUUUGUAAAUUAGAUGUGUAGAAGUGGAUCAUCUUGAUUUGGGCUGCCUGAUAUUUAAAGCUUUGGUUUAACUAAACAUAAAAAGAUUGACCUGGUAGGCUUACCCAGCUCUGUGAAUGUAGAGGAUGCUCGUUUGCGUGCAAAGGUCUCGCUCUCUGGCUUUAACUUGCAAUGGGCCCUGAUGGACGGAUCUCGCCAGCUCGUCUCAACCCAUUCUCAGCCUAAAAAUCUGAAACAAAGGUGCUGUCAUGAGGAAUCUUAACAUCAUUAGAGCGCUUACCAAACCAUUAUAUACUAGUAAAACAACGCCGCCUAUCCAGAGCACCAAAAUCAGCAUUUUCCUAAUGAGAGAAAAAGGGGAUUAUCUGUUUUCAGUCUGAUAAUGUCUACUGUAUUAAAUUCUGAAAUAAAUUCACAAUAUUUUCAAUACACUUGUAAUUCCAUUAA